AUGAUCAUCUAUGGUCCAAAACAUAAAGAUCAGCCUGGGAAGCCUGAGACCUGGGCCUCAGAGGAAGGUAAGCUAACUAGUAUUAUCAACAGGUACAAGGGUACACACAAAACUGAUCAACGACAAAGAACGGCGGUUUCUUUGCCUAAUUUAAAUGAAAAUACGGUGAAGAAAGUUGAUGAUAGGGCUGUGCGAGUUCCCAAGAAUAGUCGCAGACUGGAGUGUGCUACAUGGGAUCAACGUUUUGACAGUUUUUCAGAGGAUCAAAUGAAGAAAGCUCUUUGUAGACUUAACACUAAGCUAGCAUUGACAGCGAAAAAGAUUUACACAAUGAAAGGAGGUCCUAAAGCGAUGGGAAAGUCCACAUCAGAAACAUCCGAGGAGUCUCAGAUUAGCCACAACCAUGUUCAUCAGAAUGUAGAUAGCCCUCGACAACGUAAAGGGAAGAAGUCAAUUGACAUUCAGCGGCCGAUCAGCUUCCAGCCUAACAAUCAGGUUUAUCAAAUGCCCCCACUAUCUUUAAUGGGUACUCCAAUAUGGAUGAGGCCAAAUGCAAAUAAUCCGUAUCCAUCUGGGGGUGCAUCUAGUAGCACAACUCCAUACAGUCCACAGCAGUCUAUUGGUGCAUCCAGUAGCACCAUUCCAUUCACUCCACUACAACCAUCAGUUCAGUGGAAUCCCGCCUCGUCACAGCAUCCCCUGCAGGGACCAGUUCAGUGGUGGUAUCUCCCAUUGUCACAUACUCCCCUGCGAGGACCAGUUCCGUGGAAUCUCCCAUCGUCACAGCCUAACCAGUUUCUGGUGACGUCCUCAGGUGCUCCUUCUAAGGAGAAUGCUGCUCAACUGAAGAAGUCAAGUGUUAAUCUGAAACUUCAACCUCCUGGGCAGCAGCAAGAAUGAAAGGCCUUAGAUGAGGAUAUUUUUUCUAAGAACUUGUAAGCUUAGUUAGGCUCCUUGAUAACGUUUAGGUUUUAGUUUUUUUACAAAUUGAAGAUUUUCGACUAAUUUUGGUGGAGAUUUGUAAUGAUCAUUUUAGAAUUUAGGGGAGAUAUGUGAUGAAGUUAGACUUAGGCCUCCUCCCCUUCCUUGAUUACGAAUUGGAUCCAAUACUUAUUUAUUUAUUUUUUAUAAAUACAUACAAGGUUUGAAAAA